CCCCAAGAUGGCGGCGCCCUCCCUCAGCCGCGGUGCCCUCAGCGCCCGCCGGGUUUUGGGGGGUCCCGGGCAGGGCCGGGCCCAGGCCCGGGGCUGCAGCACCGAGACCCCCCCGGCGGGGCCGCCCCACACCGGGGAGACCCCCGGGAGCCCGGCCUGGGACCCCCCCGAGCGUGCGAGGCUCCGCGGCCGCGAGCAGCGCCUGAGGCGGCAGCGGCUGAGGAGGGAGAGAGAUGAGGAGGGGGCGGCGGGGCAGGAGCCCAGACCCCUCCCCAAGGGCUGGAGACCGGGGGAGGAGCUGGAAUAUCGGCACCCGCUGGAGCCCGGCGGCAAAAAGGCCACCCCCAGCCCGCUGCCCCCCAGGUACAGCCCCCGCUACGUCGAGGCUGCCUGGUACCAGUGGUGGGAGAGGGGAGGGGUCUUCACCCCCCCUGAGCAGAGCCCGGGGGGGGCCCCGGUGCUGAGCCUGGUGCUGCCCCCCCCCAACGUCACCGGGACCCUGCACCUGGGCCACGCCCUGAGCGUCACCCUGCAGGACGUGCUGGCACGAUGGAGGAGGAUGCAGGGCUGGGACGUUCUGUGGGUGCCGGGCACCGACCACGCCGGCAUUGCCACACAGGCCGUGGUGGAGCGCUGGCUGUGGCAGCACCGGGGGCUGCGCCCGCAGCAGUUGGGCCGGGCCGAGUUCCUGCAGGAGAUUUGGCGCUGGAAGGAGCGGCACGGGGACGAGAUCCUGCAGCAGCUGCGGGCGCUCGGGGCCUCGCUGGACUGGAGCCGCUGCACCUUCACCAUGGACCCCGGUUACUCCCGGGCUGUCACCGAGGCCUUCGUGCGCCUGUUCCGGGCGGGGCUGAUCCGGCGUGACCAGCGCUGCGUCACCUGGAGCUGCGCCCUGCGCUCCGCCCUGGCCGACAUCGAGGUGGAGCCCCGUGUCCUCACGGGCCCCACGACGCUGAACGUCCCCAACUGUCCCCACCCCGUCACCUUCGGCCUCCUCGUCACCUUCGCCUACCCCGUGGAGGGGGACGAUGGGCUGGAGUUGCCGGUGGCCACCACUCGUCCCGAGACCAUUUUUGGUGACGUGGCCGUGGCCGUGCACCCGCGGGACCCCCGGUACCUGCACCUGCAGGGCCGGCAGGUGAGGCACCCGUUCAGUGGGGCCCUGCUGCCCGUGGUGAGCGACCCCAGCGUGGAGCCCCAGCGCGGAACCGGUGCGGUGAAGGUGACCCCCGGGCACAGCCCCCAGGACCUGGCUCUGGCCCGGGCCCAUCGGCUGCCCCUGCCCUGCGUCAUCAGGGACGAUGGCACCUUGUGUCCCCCGGGGGGGGGCUGGCUGCAGGGUGUCCCCAGGUUCGAGGCCCGUUCCCGUGUGGUGGCAGCGCUGGCCCAGCUGGGGCUGUUCCGGGGGGUCCAGGACCACGCCAUGACCCUGCCCCUCUGCAGCCGCUCCGGGGACGUCGUUGAGUUCCUGCUGAAGCGCCAGUGGUUCCUGAGCUGUGGAGACCUGGCCCAGAGAGCCCUGCAGGCGGUGACGUCGGGGAGGCUCCGCCUGGUGCCCAAAUUCCACGAGAAGAACUGGAAAACCUGGAUGGAGAACGUGGGGGACUGGUGCCUGUCCCGCCAGCUGUGCUGGGGUCACCAGGUGCCGGCGUUCCAGGUGAGGGGGGGUCCCGCAGCCCCCUCCCCACGGGGGGGUCCCGGGGGUCCCGAGGGUCCCGAGGGUCCCUGGUUCGUGGGGAGCAGCGAGGCCGAGGUGAGGGGGGCGGCGGCGACGGCGCUGGGGUGUCCCCAGGAGGAGCUGCACCUGGAGCAAGACCCCGAUGUUUUGGACACCUGGUUCUCCUCCGCCCUCUUCCCCUUCGCCGCCCUGGGCUGGCCCGAACAGAGCCCCGACCUGCGGCGUUUCUACCCCACCUCGGUGCUGGUGACGGGCGGUGACCUCCUCUUCUUCUGGGUGGCCCGGAUGGUCCUGCUGGGCCAGGAACUGACAGGACAGGUGCCAUUCCAACAGGUUCUGCUGCACUCUCUGGUCUGGGAUUCCCAGGGGCGCAAAAUGAGCAAAUCCCUCGGGAACGUCAUCGACCCCCGCGAUGUCAUCGGGGGGGCCACGCUCCAGGAGCUGCAGGAGAAGCUGCAGAGCCGGACCCUGGACCCCCGGGAGCUGCAGACGGCCCAGGAGGGGCAGAGGCGCCAGUUCCCGCAGGGGAUCCCCGAGUGCGGCGCCGACGCCCUGAGGCUGGCCCUGAGCACCCACAACGCCCACGGCCCCGAAAUCCGUCUGGGCGUGGCCUCGGUGCUGACUCAGCGCCGCUUCUGCAACAAAGUCUGGAACGGGGUGGGCUUCGUGCUGCGGGCCCUGGAGGGGGAGAAGGGCACCCCAAAACCGCCUGAGGAGGUGUUCCCCUCGUCCCCCCUGGAGCGUUGGCUCCUGUCCCGCCUGGCCGGGGCCGUGGCCGAGAGCUGUCGUCGUUUGGAGUCGCUGCAGCUCCAGGGCGCCGCCGCCGCCGUCCAGAGCUUCUGGCUGAGGAGCUUCUGCGACGUCUACCUGGAGGUGGCCAAGGUGUCCCUGCAGUCCCCCGAGCUCCGUCCCGCUGUCCUGGCCACGCUGGUGGCCGCGGCUGAGCUGGGGCUGCGGCUCCUGGCCCCCUUCGCCCCCUUCGUGGCCGAGGAGCUGUGGCAGCGCCUGCCCCGCCCCCACCCCGCGCCCCCCAGCAUCUGCCGGGCCCCCUUCCCCGACCCCCAAAAACUGGCCGGCUGGCGCAGCGCCGAGCUGGAGGCGCAGGUGGCCGCCAUGUUGGAGCUGGUCCGGGCCGUGCGGGGCCUGCGCGAGACCUUCCGGCUCGGGGGGGCCGCGAGACCCCCAGUGCUGCUGCAGCUCCCGGAUCCGGCUCGUGAUUGGCUGGAGCCGCUCGGCGCCGCCUUCCAGACGCUCUCGGGGGCGGGGCCUGUGAGGCUCCUCCCCCCGGGGGCGGGGCCUGGGCCGGGCUGGGCGGGGGCUCCGGCGCCUUCCGGAACCUUCGUUUACCUGCGGAUCCAGGGCCUGGUGGAGCCGGGGGCCGCCCGGGCCCAGCUCGGCGCUCGCCGGAUCAGCCUCGAGCGGCGCCUGCGGAGCCUCCCCGGCACCGCCCCCCACGCCCAGGCCGCCCUGGUCCGAGCUGAGCUCGCCCGGCUGGAGCAGGCGCUGCAGGCCCUGGAGACCCCCGGGGACCCCCCUGGGGACCCCCCCGGGGACCCCCUGAGCCCCCCCAGGACCCCCUGA